AAUGUUGAAGGACAAGUAUUGUGUAUUUGUGAAUUUAGAGAAAGCGUACGAUAGGGUGUUGAGCGAGGAGUUGUGGUAAUGUAUGAGGAAGUCAGGUGUGUCAGAGAAGAAUGUGAGGGUGGUUUAGGACAAAUGAGGACAGUGUGACAGCAGUGAUGUGUGCAGUAGGAACAACAGACUGGUUCAAGGAUCGGCUCUGAGCCCUUUCCUGUUUGCAGUGGUGAUGGACAGGUUGAUGGACGAGGAAGUACAGGUCUGCUGGAGCUGCUGCAAACCAACCAACCAACCCUGGGUGCGCAAAAAGCUGGAAAAUGACGCGACUGAGCAUUGCUUUGAUUGUGAACCUGCUCGAGCUGUGUAUGUCUUCACGGGAAAAUAAGAGCUUCACUGAAAUCCCAUGCCAAGCAAAACGUGAAUCAGAAGUUCAGUAUCGGAGAAUCACCUGGUACAAGGUACAAAAGGGGUCUGAAGUGUUAACUGGUCUUGUAACAAAAGACCUGCAUACACAGAAAACUGUCCUCUAUAAAUUUGUUAACCGGUCGUAUGAAGUGAAAGAUGAUUACUCUUUGCUGUUCCCCAAUGCUGGGCAGAGUGACUGUGGUCAUUACCGCUGCACUCUGUGGCCUCCCGUAGGUCAUUACAUCCAGGAGGGCGACUACGAGUUGUAUGCACUAGGUUGCUCCAGACAUCCUCAGCAAACUACAACUCUCCCAGGUGAAAAAAGCACACUGAGCUUGUUUAAUCUUCCUGUGAUUCUUGCAAUCUCAAUUUUGCUUGCUGUUGGUAAUAUAGGAAUUGUUUAUCUCAGCUGCAAAAAGAUAAUACAGAAUAAAAAGAAAAAGCCAGAUAUGGAAUAUAUGUGAAGGUGUGAUAAUGGUUUUAACCUAGUGUUCUAUUGUCUGGGUAAACAUAUUGUUUUAAUCAAUAAAACGCACCUUUUUUUCUGUCAUAUACACUUGCCCAAACAGUCUAUGUAAUAAAAAUAUUAUAUAAUGUUAUUUUACUGUAUAUGUAUUGUAUAUGUAUUUUAUUAAUCUAAUUUAAAAAAUAUGUUCAUGAUUCUAUAUUUAUGUUAACAAUAAAAAUAAUUGUCCUUUGGUAUUCUUUCACAUCUGUAUUGUCUGUAUUGUCUUGUAUAGUCUGUUUUUGUCUUGUCGUGUCUGUUUUGUCAUGUAUAGGUUUUAUUCAUGUCUGUACUUUUGAGAGUAACAAACAGCUGGAACCAAAUUCCUUGUGUGUGUCAACACACUUGGCCAAUAAACCUGAUUCUGAUUCUGAUUCUGAUGAUUUAAAGAUAUCUUCAGAGAAUGUUUUUUCCAAUUAUUAUUAUUAUUAUUAUUGUUAUUAUUAUUACUAUUUCUAUUAUUAUUAUUAAUAUUAUCAUUACCAUCAUCAUUAUCAUCAUCAUCAUUAUCAUCAUCAUUAUUAUCAUCUUCUCUAGAAAUGUGUACAAAGAAGUCAUUUCAUUAUAACUGCUUUUAAAUUUUCAAAUGAGCUGCCAAAACUACACUGAUAGAACGCAACGUGUUUCUAUUACAUAAACUGCUGUUUUUACAUUAUUUUUUUCCAUUAUGCUGUUACUUACAUUUUACAAAUAGCGUUUUUCCACACUUCACAAAAGAAGCAGAAACAUUUCCUCUUCCUCACUCACGUUACCUUCUCACUUCCUUAAACGAUGCCUCAUCCGAACUUAGAACAUAGUAGUAUGUACAACUUGUGAAAUAUGAAGACCUACGAACUUAGCAAAAUUCUUGCCUUGUGUCUGGCUAUAUCCACAGCUCUGUGUUAUGCCAGUGAAGAAACACAUUUCACAGUCCAAUCAGAGUUCAACACUACCGCCACUUUACCCUGUGUUGCACUGAAUAACAGUAAUCAUUACACAUCCCUCACCUGGUACAAGGAUUCUCCUACCAAAGAGGGCAUUAUUCGAAUAUCUACCAAGCUAACCACACCAGUGCUCUAUAAGUACUAUGAGAAUCGUACAGAUGUGUCCCUUACAAAUGAAGGUUCGCUUGUCCUGGAGAUGGUUAAUUUUUCACAAGCAGGAACGUACAAAUGCUACCUGGCUGGAAAAGUUGGACACAGAAAUAAUGUGUCAUAUGUUAUGCUAAGUGUGACAGAGACUGUUUCAAAAACAACACCUACCACUCUGAAUGUCACCACCGAGUUUACUCUUUAUUCCACUGUACCUAACUCAUCUGUACUGGCUCUCGCUGUGCCAGUGGAUUUGAACCCAUUAUCUGUCCUGGUUGGAUUCUUCAGCCUAAGUCUGAGCAAAGUUCUACUCUGUUUCAUGUGUGUAUGGGGUAUGACAGUGUACAAGAAGCACCAGAGAAAUAAAUUAUGGAGUUAACCAAGUAAGAGCAAAGAAUUCCUGGACUUGCUGAUAAUACAGCAUAUACAUUUUGGCCAGAGAAGAACUAUUUAAUUGUUAUUCUUCAUCUGAUAAUUCAGUGAACCAAACUGAUUCAUCAGCUGUAAAUAUUUAUGAUGCAGUAAGGAUAUUAUAGUUUAUGCAUAUAUAAUAUUAAAUAACAUCAACAUGUCUAUCUAAUUAUCAUAACUUUAUAACUCUGCCACAAUAGUAUCAUUAUUUGCAAAUUUGCACAUUUGCCAAUAAAGAUAGUGAACAUUUAGUUUUUGGGUUUAAAAUAUUUCAAAAACCUUAGGUUUAUUUACAAAGCAGUAAUUCAGUUUACAGCAGCCAAUAAAGUUUCAUGUAGCAAAAUAUGAUCAAGAAUUAUGCCAAUUUGCUAUCUGUGUUGACGUUCCUAUUCUUCACACUGUAGAUAAUGCUGAAGAAUAUAUCUACCGAAUCUACAAACAUCUACAUAAUAUAGAAAUAAGCCACCAGAUAUAAUAUAGCAUACAAAGAUGCUGUGGCCCUACCUUAGAAAAAAAAAAGGUUCAAUAUGCUUGAAUAAGCCAAGACUAUUAUACAAUGACCUGCCAUUGCCUUUCUACAAGCUAUGAACUAAUUUGAAAUAUGCAUAUUGAUGUAUUAUUAGUUUUAACAAAUUUUAAACUGUUACUUUCCAAUUUCAACUGAGAAAUAUUUAAUCACAACAUUAGUACUAUCACAAUAUAAUUAUAAGUACUGUUUCCAUCCCUGAGUCAGUGUCUGAAAUGAUUUCCAGCUUCUUCCUCCACUGGAAUAUGGAAACAAGUCAUGUUAAUAAGGGAACAGUCACACAAUUAAAGUUUAAUUUUACAAAUAGUUACAACUAGAGACGUCACCAUCCAGUUGUGCAAUUAAAGAGCUCUGUAUUGUCGAAUAUUUUAGUGAAACAUCUGGUUCUGUGAUGAAAGAAAAACUACACUGGGUGUGAAAAAUAUUUUUGUUAUAAAAAAAUGUGUAUUAACUUUGUAUAUGGCUCCAGGAAAUACUUUAUAAUACAUUAUAUUAACGUAGCUACUUAACAGCAAUAAAGAACUGCUUGGGGA